AUGGAAACGACCACCAUCACCACCACGCAGACUGCAUUCACCUUUGGAUUUAGCGAGAGACACGCCAGCAUCAGCCUGCACGCCCCGGCUCAGGACUGCUCGGCCCCCGACGCGCACCCCGACGGCAAGACCAAGGUGCUGAAGAGACAGCGCUCCAGCUCGCCGGAGCUCCUGCGCUGCAAGCGGCGGCUGAGCUUCAACGGCCUCGGCUACUCCAUCCCCCAGCAGCAGCCGGUGGCCGUGGCCCGGCGGAACGAGAGGGAGAGGAACCGGGUCAAGCAGGUCAACAUGGGCUUCCAGACGCUGCGUCAACACGUGCCGAACGGCGCGGCCAACAAGAAGAUGAGCAAAGUGGAGACCCUGAGGUCCGCGGUGGAGUACAUCAGGGCUUUACAGCAACUCCUGGACGAGCACGACGCGGUGUCGGCCGCCUUCCAGUGCGGGUUGCCGUCCCCGACACUGUCCAACAGCUACUCCGCCGACCCGGAGUCGCCUCACUCCACCUACUCAUCAGACGAGGGCAGUUAUGAGCCUCUGAGCUCCGAGGAGCAGGAGCUGUUGGACUUUACGACUUGGUUCGACAGGUACUGAGGCUGUCAGCGUCCCGACCCACGCAGCGGCGUCUGUGCGUAAAAACAAAGCAGCUGACUGCUUU